CCUCGCUUGCUAGUGCAUUGCUAUGUGCAAUUAAUCAAACCUGGUCGGUGCAGUCUACGAAGUGGGGGCUGUCUUGCCACAUCGAUUGCUUUCCACUUUAUCGCGGUCGAAACAGCCUGCAGCCAGCCUCCCCGACGACACGUGGUGGUCAGUGAUCAAAUGACAUGCGUCUCCACAUCUGUGUGUUGUGGAAGAGGACUACUGCUGUCACUGGUCACAGCUUUGGCAUCCCCGUCCUCAAGAGUGGAACUAGAAAAGUGUUGAGGGUCGAAGGAUGCCCACGAUCUAUCAGCCUCACUCCAGAUCUGUGACGAGGAUCACGGCUGGGUUCUUAGCGAUGCUCGCCUUGACUAUGCGAGUCACUGAUUCGGGGCAUUCGGGGCGGAGCCAUUGGGGGCGAACCAAGUUACGCGGCUCGGACCGCGAGCAGGGACGAAGGAGUCAGUCAUCCGGUUACACAGGAUACAAGUGUUUAUAUGUCGUUGGAGGCGACUCUGGCUCGAUGCGCUGUCCGCGCGCCAGCGACACGGGCCGGCCAGGCGGCCCGGCCAGUGAAGGCUCACUCGGGGCUCUCCCGGGCGUAACAGUGGCGAGAAGUGUUUUACUAGCGCGCAGAGUUUGAUGAAUGGAGUGGAAAAUGUCUGCUGUUCCUGCAGCGCGAUGACUAGACGCUCUCUGAGGCGGAACUGACGUGGCUGAAGUGUGUGGCCUGGCAGCGAAAAAGAAAAUGACUGGAUUUGGGAAGCCGAGUGUAAUUGGCUAAACGCAGUCUGCUAUUGGUU